GACUCUACCGUUUGACGUAUGGCAAGAUGGUGGUCGAUUGAUAGCGAAGUUUAACGAAAACGCCAGUGAUUUUAUGGACGCUUAUUGGGAACCGAGUCGUCGAUCAGGCACUCGCGAGAUAUGCGACGGGCCCGCAAGUGAAAAUUACAGGCUGGAAGGAAAGUGACUUAGCUAGUACUGCCCAGUGUGGUAGCCAAAGCGGUAUGAGUAAUCUCUUAGAGGUUAAUUGAGUACCGAGAACCAACAUACCAUGUCCCACUGUGAAGUGGAGGCGGCAUCGCCUGGAUUCCACCAGCUCAGUAUUACAAUUGAAGCAGCAAUUUUGAGAAGCACGUCAUUUCUUAAGCCCAACCCAUACAUAGAGUUCUCAGUGGAUGAUAAAAGUCCUCGAAAGACAGAAGUCUCUAAGUCAACUUACCAGCCUAAGUGGAACGAGGAAUUUACAGUGCUCGUUACUGCAUACUCCCAGUUGCACUUUCGCUUGCUGGAUCACAGCACGUUUCGCAAGGACACUCUCAUCGGGGAGAAAAGAAUAAGUCUCUUCCAUAUCCUUUUCCACUACAAUGGGAAGUUGGAGAAUGUGGAGUUGACGUUGGACCUCAUGAGUGAGAGUAAACACGACUCUCAGCUUUCCAAAGUUGGGGAAUUGGUCACGGUGUUCAAUGGAUUAGGGAUUGAUAUGAACAACAUAACUCUGCCAACCCUUGGCGAGCAGUUACGUCAGUGUGUACCUAGCAGCGGCACUGCUGCAGUUCCACUUGGAGUAGCAAACAACGACGCUACCAAUAAUCGCAGUGUUCUGAAUGGCGGUGUUAGAGCUCGAACAAGGUCCCAUGGAUCAGAGAACUCUGCUCCAACUCCAGAACAGCUUACAUCGAUGCCUCGAAGCUCGACAUCGCUCAUCCAUGGUAAUGCAUUCUGUGCAAUACCCGAUAGUCAGUUAAGAAUGCGAACUGUUGUAUCGAAUGGUACGGUGCAUCACAACUCUGCUGGAGCCAGCAGUGGUGCUACUUCAGUCCCGUCCUCGCCACCUCUAAUACAGCCACCUGUGCCAGGCUCUUCGACAGCGCCUGCAGAAGGAGAGAAUCUUGGCCAACCGGAAGAACCACUGCCUGCAGGCUGGGAGAUGCGUUAUGAUGUAUAUGGAAGAAGGUAUUACGUAGAUCAUAAUACCAGAAGUACAUCUUGGGAGAGACCACAGCCUCUGCCACCAGGGUGGGAAGUCCGCAGGGAUCCUCGUGGUAGGAUUUAUUACGUAGACCAUAAUACAAGAAGUACCACAUGGCAACGACCAAACACGGAGAGACUGCAACAUUUCCAGCAUUGGCAAGGAGAAAGACAAUACGUUGUUCAACAGGGCAAUCAAAGAUUUUUGUAUCCUCAAGCUCACGGUGGACAAGCUGCCGUAGCAGGUCCUUCAACUUCUACGGUCGACGAAGAUGAUGCAUUGGGACCUCUGCCAGCUGGUUGGGAGAGGAGAAAGCAGCCGGAGGGUAGAGUCUACUAUGUCAAUCACAAGAAUCGAACCACUCAGUGGGAAGAUCCGAGAACUCAGGGCCAGGAAACAGGAAUGGACGAACCUCCUUUGCCAGAUGGUUGGGAAAUUCGAUUGACGGAAGACGGUGUAAGGUAUUUCGUUGAUCACAACACGAGGACGACGACUUUCCAGGAUCCAAGACCAGGGGCGCCUAAAGGACCAAAGGGUUGUUAUCGAGUGCCACGGGCUUAUGAGAGAUCCUUCCGUUGGAAACUCUCGCAGUUCCGGUUCCUAUGUCAAACCAAUGCCUUGCCAAACCACAUAAAGAUCAGCGUUAGCAGGCAGACACUGUUCGAGGAUUCGUAUCACCAAAUCAUGAACGCAGAGGCCUUUGCGUUGAGGCGACGAUUGUAUAUAAUUUUCAAAGGUGAAGAAGGCUUGGAUUACGGUGGAGUGUCGAGGGAAUGGUUUUUCCUUCUAAGCCACGAAGUGCUGAACCCGAUGUACUGCCUCUUUGAGUACGCCAAUAAGAGUAAUUACAGUCUGCAAAUAAAUCCUGCGUCCUACGUCAAUCCUGAUCAUCUUCAGUAUUUCAAGUUCAUUGGGAGGUUUAUAGCGAUGGCUCUUUAUCACGGUCGAUUCAUCUAUAGCGGCUUCACAAUGCCGUUCUACAAACGCAUGCUGAACAAGAAGCUGAUCAUGAAGGACAUAGAGUCUAUCGAUCCUGAGUUCUACAAGUCCCUCGUGUGGAUAAAAGAAAACAACAUAGAUGAGUGCGGCCUCGAGCUGUAUUAUAGCGUGGAUUUCGAGAUUCUCGGUCAGGUUAUACACCACGAGCUGAAAGAAGGUGGAGACAAAAUCAGAGUCGUCGAAGAAAACAAAGAAGAGUACAUGAGGCUGAUGACCGAGUGGCGCAUGACGAGGGGCAUCGAAGAACAGACCAAGGCUUUCCUGGAGGGCUUUAAUUCCGUGGUGCCUCUUGAAUGGCUGAAAUACUUCGACGAACGGGAAUUGGAACUGAUGCUCUGCGGCAUGCAGGAGAUCGAUGUCGACGACUGGCAACGCAACACCAUUUAUAGGCAUUACGCUCGCAACAGCAAGCAGAUCCACUGGUUCUGGCAGUUCGUCAGAACCACGGACAGCGAGAAGAGGGCCAGGCUGCUGCAGUUCGUCACCGGAACGUGUCGCGUUCCAGUCGGUGGAUUUGCUGAAUUAAUGGGGAGCAACGGUCCCCAACGGUUCUGCAUAGAGAAGGUCGGGAAGGACACCUGGCUGCCGAGGUCGCACACGUGUUUCAACCGCCUGGACUUGCCGCCGUAUAAAAGCUACGACCAGAUGGUGGAGAAGCUGAAUUACGCGAUCGAAGAGACGGAAGGCUUCGGCCAGGAGUAACGCGGAGAAUCGCGGCAUUCCCGCCGAGACCGGACCGACUAUAAGUUCCCGGUCCUGGACGCGGCACAGGUUGAGAUUUGUCGCCGUGUCGGGACUAGGUGGGUAUGAUUUACGAAGCUUAGCCAAAUCUCGAGUGAUCCAGCUCGAUCGGUGCAGGGAAGUGUCCUCGAGCCGAGCUUCAGAUCGGCUUUUUAGGACCUCUGCUCCUGAGCGUACCGCGGCGAGGCGUAGGGCUUGAAGCCUCUUUUAAUCGCUUGGAAGCGCUCUAGAAAAAUGAUCGAGAAUCGAUCGGCCCGGUUCUCGCGAGUCCUGAAAAUCGGCGGAAGGAAACCUGCGACGGUUUGAGCUCGACAACCCGCGACCGUUCCUCGGGGUAAAUUCUAUAUUUUCCUAAACGUCUCGUCUCUACUUCGUCCCAGGAACGAGUGAUUGUACAUAAAACAGAUAGCGAAUAAUUAAUCCAAUCUCUAGCUCGCAAACGGGGAAUUGAGCGGUGCUUCCCGGAACGCUGCGGACACCCGCGUGUCUUUGAGAACUCGAAGAGUCGCCGGUUAAGUCUCUUCGUUUGGUGUUUUUUUUUUGUCCUGCUUUGCUUUUUUUGGUCCAUGUUUGCUAAAUCGUAGGAGCGAUUUCUUCUCGGAAUUAAACAUGGAGAGAUUUACAGUCUCGGGCUCGACAAGGUACGCUUCGCUUGCCAAGGUACGCUUCGCCAGUACAAAAGAACGUUUUCUCUUAAAGAGGUGGAAGGAUGUGAACUUCCCGUUGGAGGCCCUCGACACUUCCCACACACCCGGCGGUCGCUCGCUAAGAGAGUAUUUCGAGUUUCGAUGGAAAUUCCUCUUGAUUACAAAUAUUGUAUAUAUGCAUAACUGAAGACUAUACAUAAUUGUGGUAUUUAUAAUGAAUGUUGUCGUGGACAAGUGGCCGUUCGGCGCGAACAGCUGGCGACGCUAAGCACGCUCGCUCCUGAUUAAACUGAUAUUUCUUUUGUCAUUUGGACAACUCGUAAACGAUUUACACUUGUGCUCUGUCCCUGGAUAAUAUUAUUUAACAGUCGAUGGAGGAGCGAGCCAGCGAGCGGAGGCCAAUAAGUCGGGGGAGGUUUUAAUCGCUCGAGGUCGAUGUUAUGUUGAAGUUUGUCGGAGGAUCUGCAAAGUCUACCUGGAGCGAACACCUGAAAUGUCUAAAUGUUGUCUAUGGUCCAAAAGCGCGAUGCUUCCGUCUCUCGAUUUCUUUUCUCUUGUAAGGAAAGGAUAUAUUUUCCUUGACUAUUUCUUCUCGCAGAUCCUUCGGCACGUUUCAAGUCAUUUCGAGGUGGGUCAGGCUUGCUGGUUUACGGCAGAUCGUUCUUUUUUUUUUUUUCUUUUUUGUAUAUACGUUGCACCCGCGUGGCGAGAACAUUGCGCACACUCCGGCUUAACUUUCCGGGGUAAAAAAAAAACGAAAUGAAAGAAAAAACGGGGUUCCGCGAGCGAGAGAAUUUUACAAAGUAGGGUCGGACAACUGCGGAGGUCGGGCUCAAGGUCUGCGGAUUUAUUUUCUGAUCGUUUACUCGUUUUCUAAUGCGAUUACUCGGGUCUGUGCGUCUAUUACUGUUAACCAGCGCCAGGUGAAGUGACUCCGAUGGGUUGAAUAGCUUUUCCUCUCGGUGGGGGAAGUCAUGUGGCUCUUCGGUGUCACUUCGAUGUAGUUGCUGGGAACCUUAGCAGCAGAUCGUCGAGCUCACUGUUGCUGUGUUGCGUAGCCGUACCAGAACGAUGUAAUCCUAAAGUAGAACACCGGUUGGAGAGCGGUUAUCGUGAUAGCUGAUUUCUUGGAAUAUUCUGUAAAUGUGUCGAUCUAGCUGGUGAAAAAAAAAACAAAAAUUGGGCGUUGUCUCAAGAGAAUUUCUAACGAAAAGAAGAUGGAUUAACUGAUGCUAUUAAUACUGCGACGAAGUUAUGCCAGGUGUGCUCUUGCGUAGAAUGCUCCAAGAGAGUCGACAGGUCUUCGUGCCAAGUUUCUACGCUUCUAAUUUGUUAUCACUUGUUACGUGGGGAUGGACUUGUGAAAUUAACGUGGCGACCUCAACAUUUCUCACCUGCACAGAAUAGUGUUCACUAGUUGGUAAAUCUAACGUAUUCCAAAGUCUGUAUUUAAUUUAUAGAAUGCUAAUGUUAUCUUAGUCGGACACAUCUGACUCCGGAGGAAGCUUCGAGGCAGUCGUUUACGGAAUAUUCCAGAUCUUGGCUUGCUGUACAAAUUGUAGAGCGUACAACUUCAAGGCUACUUAUACAUCAUUCCAAGGGAUUACUUAAAAAAACAAAGAGGAAAAAUAUAUAAAAAAAAAUGAGAGAGGGGUACAAUACUUAAAUAAAUUAACCAUCCGUCAAUGGUCAGUUUCUAGCUGGGAAGGAAUCGCUACAAAGUAGAUUCGAUAUUCCGGAAAAUGCGAGCCCUUGAGAAGAGUGCAAUUCUCGCAGUUCCUUUGAGGACUUUAGGGGAAUCCGAGAAAGACGCUUUUGAUGAAUUUUCAAUGUUUUAGAGAGAAAAAAAAAUGUGGAAUGAUUUUAGCACGCGUUCCCGCGGUGUUAAAUUAACGGUGAUGUUUGUUACACGACUGCGCGGUUUGUCUUCUUUCUUGCUUAGGCGGUGGAAAAGCGCAAUGCGAUUCGGUUAUGCGUUGUAGGAUAACGUUAAUUAGACUGUAUAUACGUGGCGUGUACAGAAAUAUACAUUGAAAUAAAGAAGUUUAUAGUUGAAAAGUAA